UAUUUAGAGAUUGCAUCGUACUACAACCAACUCAGCAGUGUCCAAUCCAAUCCAAACCAAAAGUAGAGCCAUUUAGAACUCAUUGUUUGUACCUUAAUAUAAAAAGCUAGCAGGCUUAGCUAGAAGCUAACUUAACGUAAUGGCUGAGCUACCAAGCUCAGAGACAGAGACAAAUACCAACUGCUAUACACCAUCAUCAUCGCCAUGUGUACCAAUCACCGCUAACACUACAACCCAACACUCUUACUCGGAGCCCCGAUUACCCGACCCGGAUCAGAAGGGGCCCAAGCGGCCCAGAGAUAGCAGUAGCAAGCACCCGGUUUACAGAGGGGUCCGAAUGCGGGCCUGGGGCAAGUGGGUAUCCGAAAUCCGCGAGCCUCGCAAGAAGAACCGGAUCUGGCUUGGCACCUUCGCCACCCCGGAGAUGGCCGCGCGAGCCCAUGACGUGGCGGCGCUCGCCAUCAAAGGCAGCUCCGCCAUCCUCAACUUCCCCGAACUCGCCGGUUCACUGCCCCGACCCGAUUCUAACUCGCCCCGAGAUGUUCAAGCCGCCGCCGCCAAAGCCGCUACCGUCGAGGUUUUCGAACCCCAAACGAAGUCGUCGCGUCGUUCCUCUUCUUCUUCUUCUUCUUCGUCGUCAUCGUCGUCGCUGUCUCAGUCUUCGUCUUCAUCGUCAUUGGCGGUGUCCUCCGGCAACCCUUCAACCCCAGAGGAGCUGGGUGAAAUAGUGGAGCUGCCACCUUUAGGAACGAGUUUCGAAUUACCCGACCCGAGUAAAGAGUUCGUGUUUUUCGACCCGGGUGAUGGGUGGCCCUAUCCUCACCCUUGGUAUCACAGCAUUUAUGAUGACAGGGACUGUGGGGGGUAUUUUAUUGGGGAUCAGAUUUCAAUGCCGGACUCAGAAAAUAUGAUUCUUUCUGGCUUUGAGGGUUCAUUGUGGCAGCAUUAAUGUCUUCCCCCCAUCUGUGUGUGUGCUUUUUCCCUUUUAUUUUUAACCUUCUUUUGUCAUUUUCUGAAUUACAUAGUAUUUAUUUAUUUAACUUUGUAUGUGAGAGCCCUUUUGCAAUUUUUCACUUGAAGGGCUAAUUACAUUUUCUUGUCCCUCGAUUAGCUACCACUACUAGUGUUUUCAAUUUUCUUCCCCCCUAGCCCUAGGUUUG